GAAGACAACGUGGAAGCCGUUGCCCAGUGUGUCUCAUAUGUACCAUAAGUUGCACUCGGCGAUGGAUUCUUUAAAACAAAACGACACCGCAAACAGUUGCUCACAAGGCGCUAACCUCGACGCCCAAGACGGAGAAGACAAACAGUUCUGUCCCGGUUAUAAAGACGUCGAUGCCUUCGUUAAAUAUGGGUUGGGUUCAGUGUUGUUGGCCACCAAAGCAUCUAGCGGCUUGCCUCAAACUGGGGACGAGUUUGAUUUCUAUCGCAGCUUCCCUGGUUUCCAGGAGUUCUGUGAAGUUCAAGGAGAUAGGCUCUUGCUCUGCAUGAGUCAAAUCAUGCAACAUCACAGCUGCCGAUCUCGUAUGAGAGACCGCGAUAAACUCACCGGGCUUGAGGAGAGGUUUGACUUGGUCGUGGACGCCAACGAUGUUAUCCUGGAGAAAGUGGGGAUUCUUCUGGAUGAGGCUGAUGGUGUGAACAGGAGCCAGCAGCCUGUCAUGCCCGCAGGCUUUCAGCCUCCCAAGAUUGUUGUUUCCAGCUGGAAUCGCAAGGGUUCGAGCUCAGGGGGUCGCUCCGAGACGUUCAGACUGCUCCAAGCCAAGAAUAUCCAAAGGCCUCAGCUGAAAUUCAAAGAAAAAGUUGACAACAGCAACACACCGUUUAUUCCCAAGAUUUUUAUUAAGCCCAAUGCACUGAAACCACUUCCUUCAUAUUUUGCCAUUAAACAAAUCCGUAAAGAGAGACCGGAAGAUCUUGAUGUCCCAGCGGCGUUGGCCGACUUUAUUCACCAGCAGCGAACACAAGAACACAUCGAAGAGAUGUUUGUGCACCCUUACCAGUUUGAAUUGGAUCAUCUUACAGUACCAGACAGCCUUCUGUCCAAGACGGACCCGAAGAUGUACAAACCAAUAGAAGAGACAAGCUGCUCCUUUAUUGAAACACUGGAGGAUCUGGUUGCUCUGAACGAGAAGCUAAACGAAAUGUCCGAAUUUGCAGUGGACCUCGAGCACCAUUCAUACAGGAGCUUCCUGGGAGUCACCUCUCUAAUGCAGAUCUCCACCAGAGAGCAAGACUUCAUCAUUGACACCUUGGAGCUCCGCAGUGAGAUGUACAUCCUGAACGAGGCCUUCACUAACCCCUCUGCAGUCAAAGUGUUUCACGGAGCAGACUCGGACAUCGAGUGGCUCCAGAGGGACUUUGGCUUGUAUGUGGUCAACUUGUUUGACACACACCAGGCCAGUCGAGCGUUAAACCAAGCCAGACAUUCACUCGACCACCUGCUCAAGCACUACUGCAGUGUGGAUUCAGACAAACGCUAUCAGCUUGCUGACUGGAGGAUCCGGCCCCUGCCAGAUGAGAUGACACUCUAUGCCCGCAGCGACACCCAUUAUCUCCUUUACAUCUACGACUGUAUGAAGGCGCAGCUCUUAGACUUCAACCACGGCCAGCCUGGUCUGCUACAGAGUGUCUGGAACAGGAGCAAAGACAUUUCCCUGAAGAAAUAUGUGAAGCCAAUAUUCACAGAGGAAUCCUAUCUGGAGGUGCAGAGGAAGCAGAAAAGGUCUUUUAACACACAGCAGCUCACUGCCUUCAGACUACUGUUUGCCUGGAGGGACAAGCUUGCACGGCAGGAAGAUGAAAGCACUGGGUAUGUCUUGCCUACCCACAUGAUGAUCAAGAUAUCUGAGGAGCUGCCCAAAGAGCCUCAAGGCAUCAUUGCCUGCUGUAACCCCAUCCCCCCGCUGGUGAGGCAGCAGGUCAAUGAGCUCCAUUUGUUAGUGCAGGAAGCUAGAGAAAUGCCUCUCCUCAAGGCUGAAAUUGCAAUGCAAAAAACAAAAGGACUCACGCCCAUAAAGAAGCCAGAGGUUACAUUGUUUGGUCCUCAUGAUACAUCCAGGGUCCCUGAGUGCACCGAACCUCACUUUUCUGCUGAUGAACUUCCUGUGAAACAAGGAGUGUUUUUCUCUGAUGAUGACCACAAGUCCGACGAUGUUCAAGAAAUAAGUGGUCUUGUGGCAUGUGCCAAAAUUACACUAUUUGAGGAGCCAGAAACAAAAGAAAUCAAAAAGUCCCAUUCUGUGGCUCAAAUGAAAGCCAGACGAAUCAUCGAGUCUUUUGAAAACCCUUUCAGGAUGUACUUGCCUUCGAGUGGUGUGCAUGUCAACGAGAAUGCAAAGUUUGACCCUUCUUCAAAGAUAUUUGAGAUUAGUAAACGAUGGAAACUUCAGACUAUGGAACAGCAGCAGAGGGAGCUGGAGUCAACGAAAAAAGCCAAGGAGGAAGCAAAGCAACAAGCAAAGAAAGCAGCAGAGGAAAGACAUAAGGCUAAAGAAAGCUACAAAGAGUCCCUACAGAACGUGGCCACCAUUCGCCAACAAACUGCUGAAUGUGCAAAAGCGGAUGGAAAGAAACGCGAGAGGGUCCCCAGUGAGGCUGGACCAUCAACUCCCAAGCUGAGUAAGAAACUGAAAUCUGCAGAGAAGAGCCUUAAGACCGAAACUCCUCCUCAAGAAAGCUUCAAGGCUUUCGACUACAGUCAGUCAGAUCUCAAAGUGUUUUCAGAUACUAAAUCAAAGGACAAUUCACAGUUUGAUCCAAACAGGCAAACCCAUGAUGCUAAGAAAAAGAAAAUGGCAGCCGGUAAAAAGGGUAAUUCAGGGGCUGGAAAUAGAAGUAUGUCAUACCUAGCCGGAAGCUCAAACAGAGGGUUUCGCCACAACUGGCCCAAAAGAUAAAUAUUUCUUUUCAAGCCCAUGGCCUUUUAUCAUUUUUAAAAUUUCAAUAAUUCAGGUUUUUUUUUUUGUUUUUUUUUCUCCUCUUCCAUCUGUGGACAUAUUUUCCCUGUAAAUAUGCAGAACAGAAGUGCACUAUUAAAUAUGGUGUUAAUAAAAAUUGAUUGGGUGUCACUUUGUUACAAAAAUAUAUAUUUCAACUUUUAGAAAGACUGAUGCAACAGCUGAGAACUCAAAGGUGUGAGAGUGUCCCCGAACUCUGAGAAUUGGUUUUAUGGAGAAGGACAGUGCUCCUUGCCACACAGCUAGGUCGAUCAAGAAGUGGGUGAAGGACCGCCAAAUCCAAACCUCGUCAUGGCCAUCUCAACCUCCAGAUGCAAGCCAAACUGAAAACUUCUGGAAUGUGAUCAAGAGGGAGCUGGAUGGUUACAAGCCAUCAAACAAAGAUGAGCUGCUUUAAUACUUGUGCCAGGAAUGGCAACGAGUGACCCAAGAACAUGCCAAGGCCCAUAAAAGGUGUGGUAGCAAAUUAGUUAUUCCACAAAAUAUUGAUUUCUGAACGCUUCCCAAGUUAAAACGCUAGUAAUGUGAACAUAUUCUAUCCUUAUUUUAGGUGUAAACUGGACCUUGUUGGUUUGUUGACCAUUUUCCUUUUCUGCAAAUCAAUACUCUUAAUGACAAUAUUUGUGUUUGUAAUUUGGAAGUUGUCAGUAGUUGAUAGACGAAAACAAAAAUGUUAAUUUUGCUUUAACAUGGCUGUAAAUGGCAAAAUCAGAGAAAGUGGUAAUAAAUACCACCUUGUACCUAUUAACCCCAUACCAGUGUGAGACUUUGCUUUCACUCUUUUGUCCAGUUUAGUUAGUCUGGAGAGUGUGCCUUUUGACCGGUCAAAAGUUUUACAACAUGCCAUUCCAGGUAUUUAUUUAUUUAAAUUUUGAAAAAAUAAAAUUCUGAAAAAUAAUUGACGUACAUUUCAGAAAGGCAUAGUCUCCAGACAUUAACUUUUAACUGAACAAAAUGGUGAAACAAACACAACCUACAAGUGCCACACAGUUACAGUAUGAGAACUUCCAUAAGAGUUUGGAAGAGGUUUCUGAAGAAUAUUUUAUAUUAUAAUAUUUUAUUCUUCAGAUAAUGCCACAAGUGUGUUCAACUGUUAGUGUUAUAUUUGCCCAAUGUGGCUACUUUGAAUCAAGGGUUUGGAAUGAAUAUUUGUUUGAAAAUGUAUUCCAUGAAAAAUUCAUUCCAUGAUUUAUUUUGUAAUAAGAAUAGUUUGUUGUGUGCUUUCAUUUCAGAGUAAAAUAAGAAAUUGAACUGCAUAAAAUACAAUUUAAAAAAAAAAAGCUGGAAAAAUUGGGGUGUUCUGAAACUUUUGACUGGUGGUGGUAUGUAAUAUGUAACAAACAAUUUUUUAAUGUAUUUA